AAAUGUUCUCUCUUCUUGUUUCCACUGCAGAAUCUGGUUACAGUCACACAGCCACUGUAUACACUGACUGCUUGCAAUCUGUCAGGCACACCCUCAACAGUCUGUGCGCGAUGUGCUUCCGUGCACAGUAACAUGAACGCCAGAGUUCUGCACUUUAUAUCCGUCCUGUUUCCCUGCCGCCAACAGAAUGUUUCUGGCCAACAAAACUUCCCUUCAAGAACACCGUCUCCUCGGAAGUGGCGCCGUACAGUUUGGUAACCGCGACCCACCCCACCUUGCUCGACGCCGUGGCAACGUCAAAUUUUACCAGUUUUUUCAAGGCUUUCACUUUCACUACAGGAGCAGUGUGCCAUUUAGCACGAAUGGGAGACACGAGAAAUGCGUACAAAAUACUGGUCGGAAACCCAAAAGUGAAGUGACCACUUGGAACACACUUGGUAACAAGACAGUGUUAAUGGGACGGUGUGUGAUGUUGAGGAUUGGAUUCAAGUGGCCCACAUGGAAGUGUCUUCCAUAAAACGGUGGGGGCCGAACGUAGCGCUCAGUUAGUGGCAAUCCGGUACCGCAGUCCGGCGGUCCUGAUUCCAUACCUCGGCGCGUGUAUCGGCUACUCCGCCUGAGUUUCCGUCGAAUUCGUCAGGUCCUCCAUACAAACUCCGCUCAGGCCACGACCGCUUCCUUCCACAUGCUUUCCAAUUCAUUAUUCACUGAAGAAGUGAUGAACCGAAGCUUGUAACUGAUCGAGCGCCUGUUGCCGCGCAAAUAAACAUGAAUAUAUACAUAAGUUGUUGUUCUACAGCCUCUGACGUGCCCUUGGGGAUGUGAAGUCGUGGGUUUAUCUGGUAAUUAUUUCACGCGGCUGGAGCAGCCCUGCUCUGCUCCUCUCCCAACAUCUCUGCUUCUGGAGAGCGACGGGCAGAACAUUUCACAUUGUUCUCAUUACCCAACGGUCGGCUCAGAGCCCAGCCUGAUCCUUUAGUUGCCCAAAUCGGUAACAUUUUGGUGCCCUCCGCUUGGAGAGGGUACCCCACAAGGCCCUAAGUGGGGCUGAUCUUCUGACUGUGAUUUGGAUUUGCAUUCUGACCUGGUGAUGGAGGCUGCAAGUUCCUCCGACACGUUGUAACGUAUGCACAAGAAUGCACGGCGUCAUUCCCCAGAACACAGUAAUAUUCUAAACAAGACUGAACUGACGUUUUUGUUGCAUUUAAAUAAUCUUCAUAUGUAACGAAAUCUUGGCGUUCGAAAUGCGUUUUUGCAUGCGUAACAAGCACGCAGUGACAUGUCACAGCGUCAUACAAGAUUCCGCGAGGUCGCAACCUACUCAAGGUCACAUUUCCAGCCCUAUAUAAGUGACAGACGCUGCUUCAGUCCUGCACAGUUCAGAGGAACAAACAUGUCAACGCUGAGCGUCGUCUUCGCAGUGUGCAUUGUGGUCUUCCAGACCAAGGCCCUCAAACUGCCCGACUAUAUAACUCCGUGCUCCAGGAAGGACCCGCAUUUGAACGAGUGCGCCUUGAAACACGGAAGAGAGGCCAUCCCAAGGGUCAUCAAAGGAGACCCGAAAUAUGGAAUUCCUGUCCUGGAUCCAAUGUAUAUACCGGAAGUGUCCAUCCAGGAAUCUGGAAUUAAAAUCACAGGGAGAGAGAUCGUCAUAGAGGGAGCCAGAAACGCCAUUCUGGAAGAUUUCAGGGUGGACUUCGACAAGCUGAUCGUCAGCAUCCAGUUCAUGGCGCCGCAGUUAGACUUCAGAGGAAAGUACGAGCUGUCGGGCAAGCUGGUGUCCCUGCCGAUAGUCGGGAAGGGCGACUACAACGCGACUUUAGGCAACCUCACGGCGAAAUACACAACACAGUGCAAUCUGACCAAGCAGGGCGACGGGCGGACGUACCUGAGCCCACAAGAUUACGACCUGGAAUUCGACCCGAAGACAGCAUCAAUGUACUUCGGGAAUCUGUUUAACGGCAACAAGUUGCUAGGUGACGCCAUGAACAGCUUCAUUGCAGAGAACUGGCGCCUAGUCCUCGAUCAGAUCGGCAAGCCGGCGUACAGAGCCCUGGGCAUGAUCGUCCACCAGAUCCUGGUACAAGUGGCGCACAAAGUGCCUUACGAUGAGCUGUUCUCCGACACAGACUGAAAUGUUCUCUCUUCUUGUUUCCACUGCAGAAUCUGGUUACAGUCACACAGCCACUGUAUACAGACUGCUUGCAAUCUGUCAGGCACACCCUCAACAGUCUGUGCGCGAUGUGCUUCCGUGCACAGUAACAUGAACGCCAGAGUUCUGCACUUUAUAUCCGUCCUGUUUCCCUGCCUCCAACAGAAUGUUUCUGGCCAACAAAACUUCCCUUCAAGAACACCGUCUCCUCGGAAGUGGCGCCGUACAGUUUGGUAACCGCGACCCACCCCACCUUGCUCGACGCCGUGGCAACGUCAAAUUUUACCAGUUUUUUCAAGGCUUUCACUUUCACUACAGGAGCAGUGUGCCAUUUAGCACGAAUGGGAGACACGAGAAAUGCGUACAAAAUACUGGUCGGAAACCCAAAAGUGAAGUGA